UAAAGCAUCAAUAAAACACAGCUGAGAUGUAAGGCAUUGUUUAUUUCGCGUGCUUAGGUAGCUCGUUUAAACGCUGAAAAUAUCCUUGUCUCUCAUUAUGAAUCAGCGGAAUACACUAGUUCUGCUUUUCAAGGGCUCUGUUAGUUAGUCAUCGAUAGGCGUUAAAGUCGCUGUCGUCCUUUAAGAAAGGUGUUCAUGGUGUUAUUUGUGUAGUGUGAGGUGCGCGCGCGCGUCUUGAGGAUCUCCAGGAGGACUAUAUACAUUUUUUAAAUGCACAAAUUUUAAUAUUUAUCGAUGUGCACGAUAUACUAAGUGCUACAGCCUACUGACAGCUUAUAAUUUUGCAAUACACCGCUGUCGGAUCUUCGAAGCGCGUCGCUUCGCUGUAUCGGGUGCGAGAUUUGACGCUUGGAUAAGCUUUAGGACAGCGACUCCAUACUGGACCACCUAUAUAAGAUUUGUUUGAUGUCCUCGUGAGGAAAUCGAGGUGAAGAUGUGGGUGAACCCUGAGGAGGUGUUGUUGGCCAGCGCGUUAUGGAUGACAGAGCGAGCGAAUCCGUAUUUCAUCCUGCAGAAGAGAAAGGGCCAUGGAGACGGCGGAGGAGGACUCGCGGGUCUGCUGGUUGGCACCCUUGACGUCGUGUUGGACUCCAGCGCCCGUGUGGCCCCGUACAGGAUUCUCUACCAGACCCCUGAUUCCCUGGUUUACUGGACCAUCGCCCACGGGAGCUCUCGUAAGGAGAUCACGGAGAACUGGGAAUGGCUGGAGCAGAAUCUGCUGCAGACACUCUCCAUCUUCGAGAAUGAGAAUGACAUCACCACCUUCGUCAAGGGCAAAAUACAGGGCAUUAUAGCAGAAUACAACAAGAGCCACGACAUCAAAGAGGAUGAUGAUACGGACAAGUUCAAGGAGGCCAUCGCUAAGUUUCGUAAGCUCUUCGUCAUGCCGGAGGAGGAGAAGCUGGUGAACUACUACUCCUGCAGCUACUGGAAGGGGAAGGUGCCACGGCAGGGCUGGCUGUACCUCAGCAUCAACCACCUCUGCUUUUACUCCUACCUGCUCGGGAAAGAGGCUAAGCUGGUGAUCCGCUGGGCUGACAUCACUCAGCUGGAGAAGAACGCCACACUCCUGCUGCCGGACAUGGUGCGCGUCAGCACACGCUGCAGUGAGCACGUCUUCUCCGUCUUCCUGAACAUCAACGAGACCUUCAAACUCAUGGAGCAGCUGGCCAACAUAGCCAUGAGACAGCUGCUGGACAACAAGGGCUUCGAGCAGGACCGCUCUCUGCCCAAACUCAAGAAGAAGUCGCCCAAGAAAGUGUCGGCCCUCAAAAGAGAUCUGGACGCCAGGGCUAAAAGCGAGCGAUACCGGGCGCUUUUCCGCCUGCCGAAAGACGAGAAAUUGGACGGCCACACAGACUGCACGCUAUGGACCCCCUUCAACAAGAUGCACAUCCUCGGACAGAUGUUUGUCUCCACUAAUUACAUCUGCUUCACCAGUAAAGAGGAGACCAUCUGCAGCCUGAUCAUCCCACUCAGAGAGGUGACGAUUGUUGAGAAAGCCGAUAGCUCCAACGUCCUUCCCAGUCCCUUGUCAAUCAGCACCAAAAACAAAAUGACCUUCCUCUUUGCAAACCUCAAAGACCGGGACUUCCUGGUGCAGAGGAUCUCAGACUUCCUACAGCAGACCACUUCUAAAAUCUACUUUGAGCGGGAAAUCACAGGCAGCCUCAGCAGCUCAGAUGACGAGGUGUACUCACAGCAGGGCAGUGUUCUGUCAUGCAGUCCUCAGUGCAGCGCUCUCGGCUCUGAGGGAGAGAGUGAGAGGCAGUUCAAUCUCAAUGAUAACAGGGUUCCCACCGCAACACAAGCCCUGAUGACCAUGUACCGCCGGCGCUCCCCGGAGGAGUUCAACCCCAAACUGGCUAAAGAGUUUCUGAAGGAGCAGGCCUGGAAGAAUCACUUUGCCGAAUACGGCCAGGGAGUGUGUAUGUACCGCACGGAGAAGACCAAAGACCUGGUGCUGCAGGGCAUCCCGGAGAACAUGAGAGGAGAGCUGUGGCUCCUGUUUUCUGGGGCGAUUAACGAGAUGGCCACUCAUCCUGGUUAUUAUGAGGAUCUGGUGGAGAAGUCGAUGGGGAAAUAUAAUCUGGCCACAGAGGAGAUCGAGAGAGACCUGCACCGGUCUCUCCCAGAGCAUCCGGCCUUUCAGAAUGAGAUGGGCAUCGCCGCCCUGCGUCGAGUCCUCACUGCGUACGCCUUCCGCAACCCCAAUAUCGGCUAUUGCCAGGCCAUGAACAUCGUGACCUCCGUCCUGCUGCUGUACGCUAAAGAGGAAGAGGCCUUCUGGCUCCUGGUGGCCUUAUGUGAGCGGAUGCUUCCCGAUUACUACAACACCAGAGUCGUAGGUGCUUUGGUGGACCAGGGUGUGUUCGAGGAGCUGGCUCACGUCUACGUUCCUCAGCUGUACGACUGCAUGCAGGCGCUGGGCGUCAUCUCCACCAUCUCCCUCUCCUGGUUCCUCACGCUCUUCCUGUCCGUCAUGCCCUUCGAGAGUGCCGUGGUGGUGGUUGACUGCUUCUUCUACGAGGGCAUCAAGGUCAUCUUCCAGCUGGCUCUGUCUGUGCUCGACGCUAACAUCCAUCAGCUGCUGAGCUGUAAAGAUGACGGAGAAGCCAUGACCAUCCUGGGCAGGUAUCUGGACAGCGUGACCAAUAAGGACAGCACCCUUCCUCCGAUCCCUCAUCUUCACUCUCUCCUGACGGAUAACGGCGAGCCUCAUCCUGAGGUGGACAUCUUCAAACUUGUGCGCAGCUCGUAUGAGAAGUUCGGCUCCAUUCGGGCAGAUGUGAUCGAGCAGAUGCGGUUCAAACAGAGACUGAGGGUGAUCCAGGCCAUUGAAGACACCACCAAACGCAAUGUGGUGCGGACCAUCGUGACGGAGACGCCCUUUAGCAUUGAUGAGCUGGAGGAGCUCUACACACUCUUUAAGGCUGAGCAUCUGACCAGCUGUUACUGGGGCACCACCAGCAACCCCAUGAGCCGCCACGACCCGAGCCUGCCGUACCUGGAGCAGUACCGUAUCGAUCUGGAACAGUUCAAGGGCCUGUUCGCGCUGCUCUUCCCCUGGGCCUGCGGCUCGCACACCGACGAUCUGGCCCUGCGAUUCUUCCGUCUGUUGGACCACAACGCAGAUGCGCUCAUCAACUUCAGAGAGUUCAUCAGCGGCUUGAGUGUCCUGUGUCAUGGUGACCUGACAGAAAAACUCAAAUUUCUGUAUAAGAUUCACGUACUUCCAGAGCUGCACCAUGAGCAGGAGGAGCCGGACUCGGCCUGUGAAGCCAUGCAGUAUUUCUUUGAGGACAUCACCCCAGAGGCCUCCAGCGGCCUCGACCCCAAGAACAGGACCGAGAAGGAUGAUGGAUUCGUCAGAGUCACCUUUAAGAAUGAAAAAGUGAAGAAAACGCACACUCCAGAUUACCGCACGUACCUGCGCCUGUGGAACCAGGAGACCAAAGCAAAGCUGGAGAACAUGAAGGAUCUGCCCAAACUCAACCAGAGUCAGUUCAUCGAGCUGUGUAAGACUCUCUAUAACAUGUUCAGUGAAGACCCAAGCGAGCAGGAGCUGUAUCACGCCACUGCUACGGUCACCAGCCUGCUGCUGGAGAUGGGAGAGGUGGGCAAACUCUUCUGCAAUCCCGCUAACAAGGACGAGGAGGAGGAGGAGGACGACGAAGAGGACGACCACAUCCCGGUGGGCAGAAGCAAGCGGGAGAGAGCACGACACAAACCCUGCAAUAGUGAGAUUAACUCCUGCAGCACAGGUCCAUUAGAUGACAUCAAACUGGAGGACUCGUCGCCCAAAGACACCGGCACGUCCUCCGCCAUGCUCAUCUCAGAUGACGAGACCAAAGACGACACGUCCAUGUCCUCGUACUCCGUCCUGAGCGCCGGCUCCCACGAGCUGGACGAUAAGCUUCAGUGUGAGGACAUCGCCGAGGACACGGUUCUCAUACGCAACGGCGGGACACAUAGGGGAGCGGGGCGUCAUGGGAGAGGUGGACUGCCUCACAGCGCCAGCAUCGAUAAGGACUGGGCCAUCACAUUCGAGCAGUUCCUGGCCUCUGUGCUCACCGAACAAGCCCUGGUACAGUACUUCGAGAAGCCUGUCGAGAUCACCGCGCGAAUUACUAACGCCAAGAACGUUCGCAAGGUGGGACACCCACACAUGUCCGUCAGUGACUAUGAGAUCUCGCUAUCAGGAUAAUGUGCUAUACUUAAACUAUUACCUCUCCAUUCACAAACUGUGUUUCAAGAUUAAAGGCGUACAGUAGUUCAUCCAAAAAUGAAAGUUAUACCAUCAUUUACUCACUGUCGUGUCGUUCCGUUACUUUUUUAUUACUUGGUUAUUUCAUGGAACGUCAAUGCUAGUUUUUAACCCAUACAAUGAAAGUAAAUGGAGACCAUCUCUGUCAAGCUAAAAACUGACAAAAAGCACCAUAAAAAUUGUUUAUGUACUAUUUAUUGAGUUUUCUGAAGCCAUACAAUAGCAAAAAACAACUUAAAUUCUAGUAUGUUCCUUGCACAAACCAAUUGUAUGACUUUUUGUAAGUAUAUUGGCCACUUUUAUUGUCAUAUUUGGAGGUCGAAAUCUCCAGUCCCCAUUAACUUACAUUGUAUGGAAAUGAGCAGCAUGGACAAUUAGCUAAAUAUCUCCUUUUGUGUUCUACCUUAAAAUAUAUAUAUAUAUAUAUAUAUAUAGAUAUAUAUAUAUAUAUAUAUAUAUAUAUAUAUAUAUAUAUAUAUAUAUAUAUAUAUAUAUAUAAAAUUACACUUGGAAUGACAUGAGGGUCAACAAAUGAUGACCGCUUUCAUUUUUGGUGAACUACUCCUUUAACCGGCCACCUAAUUUAUCUACUCUCAACCAAUGGAUCUCGUCUUAAAUCAUUUCGAAACUUUAAAGGCUUCAUGUUCGCGUGAGCUCGUUAUGGAAGGACAGUAAUGAGUUUUCCCAGAGGCUCUUCUUUGAUCUAAUGACAGAUGGACCAUGACCAACAGAAUGACCUUUUUACCUGUACAAAGUCUGAGAGGAACUGUUGUAUGCUACUAUGUGCUUGAUGUACUUUAUAUACAGAAAUGGUUACUAAUAGUAUCUAAUACAGUUAGACUGUUUAUCAUAGUAAUCGUGUCUAGAAUAGCUCACUAGUCCUGAUUGGGCGAAGCGCACCUGAGUCUGAGAAAACAUUUUCUUAAUCAGUAUUUUUGUGUUGUGUUCCAAUAAAUGUAUGUAAAUGUCCUAAAAAUAAUACCAGUUUACUUGGGAAUCAAAACUGCGUGCAAUCACAAGACUUUUUAGAAAAUAUAUUGCAUUUAUUUAUUUGUAAGGAUGAACCUCAAUAGGAAUUUUUAGAUUUAUGCUGAAAAAAAAAAAAACACGAUUUUAAAACAAGUUUAUUUGGAAGAGCAAUACAAAUAAACUUUACAUACUUUAAGUGAUAUUAUAUUCUCUAAAAUAGACUUAUGCAAUCUUACGCAGUGUUGCUUCUCAAGUAUCUUCUCAAGAUAUUUUUACUUUAAAAGUUUAGGCAAAAAUACAGAUUAAGAGAAUGAUUUUGAUUUUAGAGUAUAGUAGAUCAUCUUUAAUGUAAGGUCGUUCACUGGGGUAAUGGGGAAACACGUAUGUGAGAUUUAACCCAGCAAACUCUUGAAAAAGAGAAGGACGCUGGGACGUGAAAUACUGGGAUUGUUGGAACUAUGUGCCACAAAAUCACCUGUAAUUUCCCAGAUUUCUCAUUUCUCUCUUCUUAUCUCAAUUCCUUUGCACCUGCACUUUGGGUUUUUCUUCUUUGUAAAAAGUGAGGAUGUUUGUAACCUGUCAGCUCUGAAAUACCGGAUAUGAAUCAGCUGAGAGACGAUGCAGUCCAGCUGUGUAUAAUAUCUGACAUUCACAGUUUAUAGUGUAUCCUGAAGACUACGGUUGUGUACAGUUUUUCAUUUGCUGUGUUCUCACCAGGCAUGUGGCAUGUCUGCGCACCUUCCCCUAACUUAUUUUGUUCGUUUGUUUUUUAAAUAGAUGCGUUUUUACUUUAUUUCAUGCUGCUGUUUUUAAGUUUACGUUUUUAUUGUGAAUUGUUCAAAUUGACCUGUAAAUGAUUCAGACCACUUCCAGGAAUUAAAUGUAUAAAAAGAAAAUGCCCUGUCCUGUUAUCAGAUACUCUUCAGUUCUGUUUUAUUUACUGUUUACUAUAUUUCAGUCCAUUUUCAUCUUGGCAUUUCCAAAUGAAUGAGGUACAAAAAGGGCUGUGAAUCUGUUUUUCUUCCAUCUCAGGAGGUCAGCCUAAAUACUAAACAUUUUAUGCAAGUUUUGCCAUUUUUGAGAUAUGCUUAAUUUAAGACUCCGAUUGAUGUGGUUUCAUUGUUUUCUAUCAAUAAAUAAAAUCAAUUUAAGCCAGAA